GCAAGAUGGCGCCUCGCGGGCGCGGACGGGGGCGGCCAUGGGCGGAGGAGAGCGGCCGUUGGUGACGGCGACGAGCGAGGCUCUUUUCCUGGGCGACGGCCUCCCGGGGACGCCGGCCGCGCGGGCGGGCGAAGGAGGAUGGCGGCGUCGGCGGGAUGGCCGGUCGGCGGCGUCGGGGGCAGCGCUCGUCCUGCUCCUCUUUCCCCCUCAGCGGCGGAGCCGGAGCGGGAUCGGCGCGUGCGGGAGCUGAGCUUGGCGCUGAGGGGCCGCCUGGGGCCCUACGAGCCGCCGCUGAGCGCCCUGCAGGCCGUGCUGGUCUGGGAGAGGCCGGCCCGCAGCGCCCUCGGGUGGGCCGGAGCCCACGCCGCCUUCGGAUUCUUUGCUCUGACGUCACUCCAUCUGGUCUUCUUGGUUGCUUUUAUCCUGAUACUAAUAGUAUGUUUUGAUCAGUGGAAGAAUAAAAUCUGGCCUGAAAUAAAAGUGGCAAGACCUGAUGAAUUAGACAGUGAGAGCUGGGGCUAUGUCCAUCCACAACAGCUGAGUGUUCCCGAACUGUGUCACUAUUUGGCAGAAGGCUGGGUCACAGGAGACAGCUUCAUGAGGAGCAUGCUGGGUUUCAAAAGACACAACCCAGGCAAGUUCUGCCUUCUAGCCUGUAGCGUCCUCACUUUUUUGGCUGCCUUGGGCCAGUAUAUUCCCGGAGUCUGUCUUGCCUAUCUAACAAUGCUUUCCUUCCUCCUGUGGCCCCUUGCUGUGUACCACCACCUAGGUCAGCGCCUGUACGCCAAACUGGAGCCAGCACUGCAGCGAUUGGACUUCAGUGUUCGUGGUUAUAUGAUGACCAAGCAGAGGGAGAGGCAAUUGCGUUACCAGAUGUUGAGGAAGCACCCUGCUGCUGGUGAUGAGAGUGACAGCGAAGAAGAGCUUGCUGCUUUCUGUCCUAAGCUGGACGAUGCAGCGGUUGCCAAGGAGCUGGCUAUCUCCGAUUCGGAACACUCCGAUGCUGAAGUGUCCUGUACCGACAAUGGCACUUUCAAUCUCUCACGCGGCCAAACUCCCUUGACUGAGGGGUCAGAAGACCUCGAUGGGCACAGCGACCCUGAGGAAUCUUUUGCCCGGGAUCUCCCAGACUUCCCUUCCAUCAACCCUGAGGUGACGGGAAUAGACGACGAGGACGACACCAGCAUAGGCCUUCCAAGCCUCGCCUUCCGCGCGCAGGGCCCGGAGGAUCUCCGGCUCUCCUACGACCAAGAGUCCCUCCUGGGGGCGGGGCCCUCCGCACUCCCCCUGACAGGGGACUUGGCUGGUUUCAUGACCAGAGGGAUGAUCCAGCUGGCCUUGUCUGGGAGCUCCCCGUUGGGCUCUGCGAGUGGCAGCAGGCAGCAGCACAGUGGCAGAGCCUUCCUCCGGACCUCCAGCUCAGAGCUGGACACCGAUGCUGAAGGAGACGACUUUGAACUACUCGAUCAGUCAGAGCUGAACCAGAUGGACCCUGCCAGCUCCCGUGGCCAGUGAAGCGACCGACCUCCUCUUUUCAGUGGAGCUGAGAUGGAUGUGGCCUGGAUGAGAACAGGCUGGUAUUCUGCUCGUGGGGUUGUGACCUGGCUAGGGGACUGUGAGAGGCAGCCCGAUUUUUAGAAUGAACUCCUCCUUGGCACAUUCAGAGACUGGCUAUAGAAAGUGUGUGCUCCGCACCUCACUUAGGUUGCUGCCUGUUAAACUGCUUGUUCAGAGCCAAAAUCUUACUCCUGCUGUUGUGGCUUUUCUUGUUAAAUAGGCCCACAAGAGACCAUUAAGUCUCCCAGUGCCUCCUGAAUAUAAGUCAGAUGAAGGAACUUAACGUCCUUUGGGAUCGGAAGCCAAGUACUACAUAGAGCAAGUCCUAAAGUCCCAUGCGCAACAAAGGUGACCAUCACACCGUAACCCUAAUUAAGGUUUUACUCCCCCGAUCCUAUCAAAUGCGUUUGUACUCUGUGUACGUAAGAAAGUUUUGACUUGCCACCUCUGGGGUGCUGGAAGCCACUUCCCUACCCCCAGUAAACAUUUGCAUUUGUAAUGACUCCAAAUUCAUACCUUGCUGGACCUAUCCAGGCGCUUGCUGUGCAGUGUGUUUUUGAUAGAUGUAGAUGCUGGGCUGGCCCUCCCCACAUCAGUUCCUUGAACCUUCAGGCUGAAGCAGUGGGGACAGGAUGGCCCGGUGGUCAGAGGUCAGCUCAGUCCUCUCCCUGCGCCCCCAGCCACUGCCAGCGUCUACGUGUCUGUGGUAGCCAUGAACAUGCUUCCUCGCUGACCCGGGAGCGUGUGACCCUUUUGGCAGAGGCUUGCCGGUUGGACGUGUCCCGCGGCCGCCGUGGUUUUUGAGCCUCCUGGCCUUGAGCUCAGGUGGGCCCCUUCUUAUGCUGGGGACUGAUAAUGUAGAAGAGUCCGGCUACUAGCCCAGGUCACAGAUUCAACUGGUGAUAAAAUCAGAUGAACAAGGCCUGCUGUCCACAGGCCUCUGGCUCUCCCAAAACUCGUACCGUUUUUUUAAGCAUGACAAAAAAAGUGGGCCUUUGGGGCUUGAGAAUUGUCUGAAAGGUGUUGGUGAUGCCAGCUGGAGCGUGAGGCACUUUUGUUUCUCGGAGGACUCUGUGACCUUACGGCAACUCUGUUUUAACUCCUUAGAACAAUGUAAAAACCAAAUUCAAAAUGGGUGGCACAUUUGGGGAUUCUUGUUCUUAGUCGCACUGCCUGCAUGGCUGGGAGAUGUUACCACAUUCCUCAAGAACGAGCCAUUUCCAGAUGGUAUCGGGAUCAUAAGAACGGUGUGGCCCUGGCCCUGUCGUUCGCACACUGUUGUGGCUCUUUGUGUGCGUAAGGCUGGCACGGGUUGUGUUCUUUAACCAGCAUCUCUGACCUGCAGAAGAACACAGGCCUCCGCACACUGUGGAGAUGCGACAGCUAAUAUGUUCACAGUUCUGGUGCUCCCUGUAUAGAAUUCCAUAUAUCACCGUGGGGUGGGGGUGGGGGGGUGUUUGUUGUGUGCAGAACUAUUAGAAUGGACCCCAGAAAGUUCUGCUUAGCACAAAGCCAUUCUGGUGAACUUCUGUGAUUACCAGAGACUUGUGAGAAUGCUAUGAUGGCACAUUUUGGAGUUUGUAUCCAUGAGCCUGUAAGAACAUGUGAAUCUGCAGAACUGAACCAUUUCUAACACUUUAUAUCCAGCUGGAGAGCCUGGCUCUCAGGUGGUCCUCUAGUUCCACCCUAAUGUGCACCUCUUUGGGCCUCAAUCGAGGAUGCUUAGACUUCUUGACAGCAUUUGAAAACCUUUGCUAUACUCUGUCUAUUGUUUCCUUGGCCAGGCAGUAAUGUGGUGGUCUAAAUUCUAUAUGCCUGACAAAUGUUUGCGGAAGAAUCUUGGGUGGUGCUUUGUAAAUGGCUUGGUUUUAUAUCAUUUGUGUGGUGAUACGGUAUUAACUGCCAUUUCUAGUGUUUAUAAGUAUUCAGCAUUGUGAUUGUUCAUAGGUCAAUUUGUCACAGUACAGUUUUU